UCCCAAUCAGAAGUAAAAGUUACAGGAAAAGUAGAGAGAGAGAGAGAGAGAGAAUUGUGGGCUCUAUUCCAAUUCAAGUUCUACGGCCUCUCUCUCUCUCUCUAUAUCAAACACUGGUCUUCGUCUUCCUUUCUCGAUUAAAACUUUGCUGGUAUUUCAAGAAUAAAAACAUGGGUUGGAUUCCCUGCUCUGGAAGAUCACACAGUAAAGCGAAGACGAAGAAGAAGAAGCAGAAUAAAGUGAAGCUACAGGAUAAGCCACUUGAUCGGAUCGAACCCACUUCAGAAAAGUUGAAGCCAAGUUCCUCACUGGAUGUCAAGGAGGCCGCUAAAAGUGGAGGCUCCGAUCAGAUUUCGGCGCAGACAUUUGCAUUCCGUGAGUUGGCUGCUGCAACUAGAAAUUUUAGAGCGGACUCUUUUUUGGGUGAAGGAGGUUUUGGUAGGGUGUAUAAGGGCCGUUUGGAAAAUACCUGUCAGGUUGUAGCUAUCAAGCAGCUGGAUCGUAAUGGGCUACAAGGGAACAGGGAAUUUCUUGUUGAAGUCUUGAUGUUAAGUCUGCUACACCAUUCUAACCUUGUUAAUUUGAUUGGUUAUUGUGCUGAUGGAGAUCAAAGGCUUCUGGUUUAUGAAUAUAUGCCUCUAGGAUCUUUGGAAGACCAUUUACAUGACAUUCCACCUGGUAAGAAACGACUGGAUUGGAAUACAAGAAUGAAAAUUGCCGCUGGGGCAGCAAAGGGAUUGGAAUAUUUACACAACAAAGCUAGUCCUCCUGUUAUAUACAGAGAUUUGAAAUGCUCCAACAUUUUGCUUGGUGAAGGAUAUCAUCCCAAGCUAUCUGAUUUUGGGUUGGCCAAACUUGGGCCUGUUGGGGAUAACACACAUGUAUCCACAAGGGUCAUGGGCACCUAUGGAUAUUGUGCUCCAGAGUAUGCAAUGACAGGUCAACUGACUCUGAAAUCAGAUGUUUAUAGCUUUGGGGUUGUUCUUUUGGAGAUCAUUACAGGCAGGAAAGCCAUUGACAGUUCAAAAGCUCCAGCAGAGCAGAAUCUGGUUGCAUGGGCAAGACCCUUGUUCAAAGAUCGAGCGAGAAUCUCACAAAUGGCUGAUCCAUUGCUUCAAGGUCAGUAUCCUUACAGGGGUUUGUACCAAGCUCUUGCUAUUGCAGCAAUGUGUGUUCAGGAAGAGCCUCAUUUGCGACCGGUCGUAGCUGACGUUGUCACUGGUUUGACUUACCUUGCUGGGCAAAAAUAUGAUCCUAAUGCACAGCGGGUGCAAAGCUCCGGCCAGGCCCCCUGUUCUUCCCCUCGAACAAAGAAUGGUGAUAAGAAGAUCAAUGGUGGUCGUUGAUCUGAGAGAGAUUAAAUAGAAGAUUAACUUAAGAGUGCUCUAUGAUAGUUGUGAAUCCAAAUGGUUCCUUCGAUGUUGGGUGGGCUGCUGCCAGCCAUGCCAACCAUGGCCACCGCCGUGGUAAUAUAGCGGUUGACGCUCAUCGGGAUGGCAUUAUAUAUUGUGGUUGGUGAUCAGAAGCACAAACAGUCGUCGUCGACGGUUUUUCAUUGCAUUACAGUCGUUCCUUAGUCGUCAAAUUUUGCGACGGUCUAAAUAACAUGUGGAUUUCCCUACACCAUUAUACAUUUGUCUUCGGAAGAUAUUUGUAUGUUCUUUGCUCAAUGCAUUUGUGAACCCAGGUUGCUGUACACAUACAGGCCUUCAAACUUGGCAGUGAUUCCUCCCUUGUUUUUAAAAAAGCACACAUUCUUUAUUA